AUGGCAUAUUCAUUACCUAAGAAGUUGUUUGAGGACGAAUGCUCCUUGGAAUUACACAGUCCAGUUAAGCAGUCUGAUGAUGCAGCGGAAGGCAAUAUCUUUUCCCCGAUGAUGGAUUACUUUCUAAGAAAAGGGAACUCGUCCUUUCUAUUAGAAGACGAAGAUUCCAGAGAUAGUGGAAUAGGCUUUGACGACAGUUUCACCAAUGAUGAGUGUCCACUUUCGAUUUUUAGCAGGCCUUUUAUACAGCUUAGUAAGGUGCCCGAGCCUAGGAAAAAACAUUGCCAAUAUAGCCAAAAGCGAAGGCGUUCGGAAAGCGACGAAGAUGAGUCACCUGUCCAGAAGAGAAAGAGAUCUGACGACAUGAUGGCGACAAGCAAGUGUUUACUCAGACCGUCCAAUUUCCAGUCAGAAGAUCAAAUUAAAACUGCCCUAGACAGAGUGUCGGAAAAUCCAGAUUUAAUCAGUGACGGCAGCGUGGCCUACUGUCUGCCAACUGUUCCAGGCAAGCAUCAAGAUCUCAUGUCCAUCACGCCGGAAACUUUGGCGCGGCUUCAAAACCACGAGUUUGAUGACGUAGUAGAAGAAUUCCUCAUUGUGGAUUGCAGAUAUCCCUAUGAGUUUCAAGGCGGCCACAUCAAAGGAGCUGUCAACUAUUACACCAAGGACAGUAUUGUGGAAAACCUUAUUUCCAAACCAGUCAUUACCAGGAGUAGUGGAACGAAAAGAAGCAUUCUAAUAUUUCACUGUGAAUUUUCAUCUCAAAGAGGUCCAAAAAUGUCUCGAUUUUUAAGGAGCCAAGACAGGCAGAUGAACAAGGAUCGAUAUCCGCAGCUGUGUUAUCCUGAGAUUUACUUGCUUCACGGCGGAUACAAAAACUUCUUUGAGAAAGAAAAGGAACUCUGCACGCCACAGAACUAUCUGCCGAUGCACCAUGAAGAUUUCAGGGAGCACAUGCGAACAUUCCGUCGCCAGUCUAAAAAGUGGGCUGGGCAAAAGAAGAGUGGUUCAGCGUUGAGAUUAGUCUUUUAA